AUGGAAGAAUUAAUGGCGCCCGCUCGACCAGUUCGAAGGUCAAUGUUAGUCAAGAAAACAUCUGAGCACUUGGAACUUCUCGAUGGAAUCUUAGAGAAUAUCCUUGAUGAGAAAUGGAGAGCUUAUGGAAGACAGAGCUGGUUUCGUUCAUUGCUUGCGUUUUCUUUCUACUACAUUAUUUUCACUGCUUCCUACAUGCUGCGUCCUAUCUCGGCAACCACUGAGGAAAUUACCCAAGGACUGAUUAGCAGUGAUGGUUCUGUGGUGAACACUUCUUUAAGACCAUUUGUGUGGACUCAAGCCGACAAGGAGAGAGCACAGUGUCAUCUACAACAAUACUGGAGAUGGAACUGGUAUCAGGGCUGGUUACGACUUGGAUGUGAAGUUGCCGUCGUUAUUCUUGUUAUUGUGCAAAUUCUUAUGGAUGUCCGUGAUAUUCGCAGAAUUGGGAAAGCAAAAUGGUUUUCAGUGUUGAAAGCCUUCCCCGCCAAACUUCUUUACAAAGCAUCGUUUGUGCUGGUUCUUCUACUAGUCCCGAUUAGGGCAAUUCCUUUUAUUGGACCAUUCGUUCUUAUGGUUUAUACCAUAAUAGCAACAGAUCUGACCAGAUUCAUCGUAAUUUAUUCAAUUUUUCUCGUAGGCUUCUCACAAUCUUUCUAUAUAAUUUUCACAGCAUGUGAACGAGCAGCAAAACAAAUCCAGGAUGCUGGAGGUUCAAGCGAAUUUCAGAACGUCAUCGAUAACCCCUCCGAAGCUUUGCUGAGGACGUUUAUUAUGACAAUCGGAGAGUUUAUGACCCUUUAUAAAGAGAUGGCAUCAUGUGAUGCGAUGUUGAUGAACUACAUUGGCAAGGUUAUUUUCCUGAUCUUUGAAAUAUUCGUCUCAAUUUUACAAUUUAAUCUACUGAUCGCUAUGAUGACACGGACUUACGAAACUAUAUUCGAGACUAAAAAGGAGUGGAAUCGCCAGUGGGCGCAAGUGAUUUUGAUGUUGGAACUAUCGUUAUCACCGCAAGAAAGAUUGAUGCAUCUCUUGAAAUACUCGCGGCCAACUGGAGUAAACAAACGAAUAAGAAGUUAUGUAGUCAACAAGAAACUUGUUGUGGGUGACGGAAUCACAGAGGAAGAGGAGUUGAAAAUUCGUGAAGAAAAAGCUGAAAAGGCUCGUGAAGAGCGCAGACAACUUCUGAAAAAGAAGAACAGGGCAAGUAUCUCUACUACUAUUGAAUUAAUACUACAAACCGUUAUUAAUAUUAUGAAAAGCAAACUGUUGUUAUUCCUAUUAUUGAUAGAUCAAGAAAUUAAGGAGAACGCAGCACGAGCAUUUCACCAGAGUCCACAAACCUCAGAUGGAGGUCAACAACCUCCAAGACAGCAAAAAGAAAAAUAG